AUGGCCAGCAGGAACUGGACCCUGGUGACUGAGUUCCUCUUCUCGGUGUUCCCGCGCCCGCACGAAGGCAGCCUCUACUUCUUCGUGCCCCUGCUGCUGGUCUACGUCUUCAUCGUGGCCGGGAACCUGGCCAUCUUCCUGGCGGUGCAGCGGGACGCGGCCCUGCACACGCCCAUGUACUUUUUCAUCAGUGUGCUGUCCUUCCUGGAGGUGUGCUACACCACCACCACCAUCCCCAAGAUGCUGGCCAGCCUGGCCGGCGGGCACAGAGGCAUCUCCCUGGCGGGCUGCCUGCUGCAAAUGUACUUCUUCCACUCGCUGGGCAUCAGCGAGGGCUGCGUGCUGACCGCCAUGGCCAUAGACCGGUACGUGGCCAUCUGCCACCCGCUGCGCUACCCCACCAUCGUGACGCCGCGGCUCUGCGCCCAACUCACCGCCGGCUCCUGCCUCUGUGGCUUCCUCCUGGUGCUCCCCGAGAUCGCGUGGAUGGCCACGCUGCCCUUCUGCGGUUCCAACCGCAUCCAGCAGAUCUUCUGUGACUUCACGCCCCUGCUGCGCCUGGCCUGUGCGGACACGUCGCUGGUGGUCAUCGUGGACGCUGUGCACGCGGCAGAGAUCCUGGCCUCCUUCCUGGUCAUCGCCCUGUCCUACGCCCGCAUCAUCGUGGUCAUCCUGCGCAUGCCCUCGGCCGAGGGCCGGCACAGAGCCUUCUCCACCUGCACCGCACACCUCGCCGUCUUCCUGCUGUUCUUCGGCAGCGUGGCUGUCAUGUACCUGCGCUUCUCGGCCACCUACUCCGUGUUCUGGGACGUGGUCACAGCAGUCGCCUUCGUCAUCCUGGCCCCCUUCCUGAACCCCAUCAUCUACAGCCUGAGAAACCAGGACAUGAAGGACGCCAUCCGGAGGGUCUUCUGCUCACAGCCCAGGUAG